AUGACCGGAGGAGACCCGUGUGACCGCGAAUACGCGAACGCAUCCCGGUUUAAGGUGUUGUUUGGGGGUGAUGGCUGCGGACCCAGUGUGCUCGGCCCCAGCAGCGGGACGCUGUCCUCUCUGGACAAUCCGAGGACAUACCCGAGUGACACUGUGUGUGAGUGGGAGAUCACUGUGCCGCGUGGAAAGAUCCACUUUCGAUUUGCUCUGCUGGACUUAGGAGACAGUGACUGCCAGGUCAACUAUCUCCGCCUCUACAACGGCAUCGGAUCCAAAAAGACUGAGAUUGUGAAAUACUGUGGUUUGGAUCAGAAGGUUGAUGAGCUGAUCGAGUCUUCAGGCAACCAGGUGACCGUCCAGUUCAGGAGUGUGAUGCACCGUACAGGACGUGGAUUCUACCUGUCCUACUCCACCACUGAACACUCAGCCCUGGAGAAGGAGGCUGCAAGUCACCGCAGAGUUUACAUGACAUUCCCAGCAGCCCACGUCAUCCUGCGAGACAUGACUGCAAUGACGGUGAAGCUGACUGGGUUUGAUGGGGAGAUGGAUGGAGAUUUAAUCACUUGCCUCGACAAAGGAUCCGAUUUCCCAGAGGCAGAGUUCAGGCUGCUUGACAUCUACAGAGAAGAUUUCUGGAACUACACCAAAUGGAUACAGAGAGGCGAGUACUGCCACGUCCUGAUGGAGGGAAGGGUGUUCCUGACAGAUGGGAAGACAGGGAGGAGCGCGGGGGCGUGCGCUUCAGGGAGCGAGGCGCCCCACAGGAACAGAGGAGGGGCAGGGUCACUGGGUAAAAGGGAGAUACGAAUCUGUGCUGUAAAGGUGCCUAGCAACAGUCUCUCUUGUCUUCCCUUCCUGUGCUCGUCCCUGCAGUCGUCCCCAUUGUGUGUGGCGGCUAUCCAUGCAGGUGCGGUGUCCAAUGCUGCGGGCGGGAAGAUCACCGUGGUGAGCAGCACAGGCAUUCCUCACUACGAGGCAACACUGGCUAAUAACGUCACUUCCACUGUAGGAAUUUUAUCAAAGAAUCUUUUCACCUUCAAAACAGAUGGCUGCUCCGGGACUCUGGGUUUGGAAUCUGGUGGUGUAGUGGACUCUCAGCUCAGCGUUUCGUCCGUGUGGGACUGGAACACCACCGCUGGUGAGCACGUCGUGUGGGGGAAGUCGGGAGCUCGUCUGAAGAAGCCCGGGCUUCCCUGGGCUCCUUCACUCAGCGACCGGCAGCAGUGGCUGCAGGUUGACUUCAGGAGGGAGAAGAGGAUCACAGCUAUUGUCACCACGGGUUCCGACCGGAGCGAGUACCAGUACUUUGUGAAGGCAUACCGGGUUCUGUUCAGUAAAGAUGGCAAGGAGUGGCAUUUCCACAGGGAAACUAAUUCUUCACAAGACAAGAUUUUCCAAGGUAACAUGGACUACCAGGACAAAGUGAGGAAUAACUUCAUUCCUCCAAUCGAGGCUCGUUUUGUGAGGAUAAAUCCCACCUUGUGGAACCAGAGGAUUGCUCUAAAGCUGGAGUUGUUUGGCUGCCUUCCUGGAGGUGGCAGAUCAGCUGUUACAAAACUGUUCACUACCUCCGGUUCUGGUUCCACUCCACCUCCUGCGAAGACGAAGCACCCGCCUCACCUCAGCGAAGCCACGCACACGCCAGACAUCAGAAACACGACGAUGCCUCCCCACUGCGGCAAAGAUGUGGUGCUGAUGGCAGUUCUGGUACCGGUGGCAGUCGUGGUUCUGACUGCUCUGAUCUUGACGGUGGCUUGUGUUUGCCACUGGAGGAAUAAGAAAAAGAGCGCAGAAGGAACGUACGACAUUCCCUACUGGGAUCGGACAGUCUGGUGGAAAAGCAUGAAGCAGCUGCUGCCCUCCAAGAUGAUGGAGACCGAGGAUUCGGUUCGCUACAGCACCCCUGAGGUCAGCCGGCUGGCGGGACGGAGCGCCGUUCCCAGACUGCACGCUGAACCUGCAGAGUAUGCCCAACCGCUGGUGAGCGGUGUGCCCACACUGGGUGCACGGUCGACCUUUAAACCAGACGAAGGGCCGGAACCGGGCUACUCAGAUCCAGACCUGUAUGACGCUCCCAUCCCACCCGACGUUUACCACCCCUACGCAGAGCCGCUGCCGUCAUCAGGAGCUGAAUACGCGACUCCCAUCGUGGUGGACAUGGGAUGCCACCUGCCCUCCAAAGUGCUUAAUUUUAUGGGCUCUGGGCCCGGCUCUCUGCUCACAUGGACAGACAGCAGCCAUUCUGGGGGGUCUGUCUAUGACACACCUAAAAAUGCCAAUGGUCAGACCAUGCCCACUCAGGAUCUGACAUAUCAGGUCCCUCAAAAAGUUCCUCCAAAACCAGCCGGAUGAGCGCCGAACAGGCCAGACGAGCCCAGUUUGGGGAAGGAAAACCCAGCUGGGAGGGUUUCUGAACCUGGCUUUGAGUCUUGAAUGAACACUACCUUUUAGCUUCAGAUUCAGCUGGAGAUGUCUGUAUUUCCUGAACUUUUCUGCAAGGCUACAAACUGCUUGUGUGGUGCCUUUAGAGUCCUAUCACUGAAACUACGAUGAAUGUGUUGGUGACGGAAAGGAGGAAGCUGACUACUGUUUGUGAAAGACUUUGUCCCUGUUUGUGAUGUGUCCACCUGUUCUCUUCUGAAGCUGUGAUUUCCACCCCGAUCGUCUCUCCAUCCAAUCACUGCAUGUUUUAUUACGUCGCUUGCGUUCAAAUCUUUCAGAACCGCACCAUGUCGCCUCCUUAUGGUACUGAUGUUUUAAAGCAUGACUUGAAAUUGUUAAUAGUUGUUGUAAUGACAUCACUGCGAUCUAUCUUUAGGUCAGACGAUUAUCAGAUUGUUUUAUUUCACAUCCUGCUGAUUGCCGAGCGGCCCCUCCCCCUUUUCUACCCUUCACUGUUAGCGGAUCAAUCUGUUGCACUGUGAUGGCUGAAAGUAGUUUCUUUUUUAAAAUCUUUUAAGAUAACUUCUGUCAUGAAGUAUUUUACCCAUGAUACCCAUGUCUUUUCCUGAUGGAGACCAAAUCUUGCCUUCUGUGGUCCAAAUCCGUGCCAUCAUCACAGCUAUUAAAAAAAAUAGUCUUAAAUUAGAGAAGUGUAAUGUCGUUGCAAAUGGUAGUGUGUGAUUUAGUAUUUAAGUCGGUGUUGCAUCUGUCCUGCAGCGUUCAGAUCAAUUGUUCCCGUCUUCUGUGUUCAUCGGCGUCCGAGUGUUGAACCGUUUUGUGGCUGAAACGUUUAAAUGUCGCACCAGUAAACUGCAUUCCUCUCCUGCGGCACUGAUCUGAGCAAAACACUGGCUGACAGGAAGGCAGAUGGUGGACAAACGUGCAUCAAGCUGCUGCUUAUUUUCACAGAACAGCCGCCUCAGCUGUGGGAAGGUGUGCCAGUGUCUCGUGCUGAUUGUGUUCAAUAACCACAGAGUGAUUUAUGGAGAUUAAAGUUCCCUGGUUGCAUAAAGUAAGUGGAAUCAAUCUGUUUGGGGGGGGAAGGAAUAAAGAGGGUUUUUUAUUUUAUUAAAGAAAUGUUUAUUUCUUUAGUUCUUCACUGAAAAUUCUGCCAUUUCAAUUUUCUAAGUAAUAUAAAUAACAGCUUGGCUUUCAUAUUAAAUUAACAAGUUAAUAUAAUUAAGCAUUUAACUGAGCUGAUGCUGUAUUUCAUGCAAUAAACGAAGGUGCAUUUCUUCCACUUAAUGGAGAAAUGCGAAUCUGAGAUGCACCAAUCAGCUUUUGGUGGCCACUUUAAGGGCUUGAUCUGUUUGAUUGCUACUAAUAAAAAAACCAUAACAGCACUCAAUAUUUUCCUACUUUCUGCUGUGUCUGGGUGGAGUCACUGCAAAAUCUGGGUGUCAAAAUGUAGUACGUUUAUUUAAAAGUUCACAUAAGAGUUUCUUUGUAGAAUUUUCUAAUAUGAAUUGGUGUUUAUUUCAAAACAAACAAUUAGGUUCUGCACUUUGGAAUAAAUUAAAAAGCACCUGGUGUGUCAGCCUUAAUUACAAGAAAAGUUUUACCUUUCACAGUACAAGAGUUUCUGCACAAAGAGCCAACAAGUUUAUAAAAUUACUUAAUUUUAUAUUUAUACUCUGAACAUAACAUAUCAGUUAAAAAAAAAAAACGUACUAAGUUCAGUAUAGUUUUUGGACAGAAAUAUUUCCUUAAACGGUGAGAUUCUAGUGCAUCAGUU